AUGUCACUGCACAACGAGUUUUCAAAGAAUAUAAUUGGCGUACACAAAAUACUCAAAAGUUGUUUGGUACAUAAAAGGAAAUACAAACAGCAAUCGUCUUUCCGAGAAGAACGAAGUCGGAGUGUGAUCCCGCGAGUCGCUGCUAAACUUGAAGAAAUUGCUUAUAAGGUGAUGCUGUUUGAAAGAGCAACUUUUCUCGUGAUCGCUCAUGCAGAGGUGACUAAACAUCGUGAUAUGCAUCGAUUCGAGAAAGUUUCAAAUAUAAUCAAGCAGUUCAAACUGAGUUGUAGUAAGAUGGGCUCGCAGUUUGAAUACAUGCAUGUGAGGAAUAGCCACUUUGCCGCUUUCAUUGACGCCUUCACGCCGAAUACGUUUAUCAUGGUUGUACUUGCUGAUGGAAACAAUCCAGAUAAAAAUAUUUGCGAGUUUGUGAUGCGUGAUUCCAUAGUUGUGCGGGUGUUUUGACUUACUGAAGAAGAAAUUGCUAGUGAUCAAGCGAGGUAUCUUGGAUGGGAUGACUAUCUUCUAUCUAGGUCUUGAUGAAUCUUGGUCUCAGAUCUCUUCCUUGUUGAAACAUAAAACAAACUGCAACUUCCUGUCAAUAAGGGGGAACUUCAGUUGAUUUUUUGGAAAUGCUAACACUUGUAAAGCGUAAGAACUUUUCUGCAUUUUUGACUGAUCAGUUUCAUAGUUUUCACGAUUUCGUGUCUCAUGUCCGUAUCGGCUUUGCAGACUGUUUGACAAGUCCUCUUAUUUGAUGAGGAGAACUGAAUUUUGAAAGCGAAGUAGCUCAUUUUGAGGUGUUUCAGAUUUGUUCACAACAUUUCGAGUUUUAUUGUAAGUCAUCCUACCAUUGCCUAAUUCCGUCUUUUGCUGUGCCUUCUAUCAUAUUUUCUUUUGCUGAGCCGCACAUACUUUCCAGAAUUUUUCUGCUUCUUUCACCAUGACAUGUAUAUCUAUUCAUAGUGCCUGUGUUCCGU